CUUCCUUUCGAUGUGACUCGCGAGCGAAAUGCAGCCUCCUCAUUUGGCCCAAUUUCCUCCCCUGCACACGGGGAGAAGCUUUAUUUGCUACCGGGACGUAAAUAAGGCCAUCGAGAAGCACAGGGAGCUGUAUGGACUUCGUCUGGUGUUGAAAAGGGCGGUGAAGCUGGAGAAUUACUGCCUCACUGUGGACCAGAUGCGGGACCUGAAUUUUCGCUUGAAAUAUGGCGAGUUAGUUUAUCAGUGUUCUGUCGACAACGGACGUCCAGGGCGACCAGGCAACGACGAGCGGUGUCCACGUUUGGUGCGUCUGCGGUUGAGUCCUGAUGCACGUACAUUGGUGGUUUAUGACACACAUACCCAUGAGCCCCCAAAAUCCCCAGGACAGUUCCAGAGUUUAUCUCCACCAUGUCCAAUCCCAGAACCUGCACCGGCAUUAUCAGAAGGAGUGGAAUCAUCCCCUCCAUCAGGACAGCAGCCUUCUCCGUCCACACCUCGACUACCUUUGCCGAAUUCUCAGCGCGUUACCACCACUCCGGAAAGGAACCAGACGCCAACAUCAGCACAUGGGUAUGAGAAGAUAACAGUCAAGCUAAAAAAGUCUCAGUUCUCUCCCAAUGAGAUGGUCGUUGUGGGCAGUGCAAGGGAUGCUCAGGAACAGUUUGAACUAAGAAACUCGCCAGAGAAAAUGACCACUACUCCUAGUGCCCCGGCUCCAAAGGUCAUAGAAAAGGCUGCAGUAAAACCAGUCCAAAAACAACUCACUCAAAAAACCAUCGAUUUUUAUUCAACUCCAAAGGCCGAAAAACUACCUGUCAAGCCCGUGGAAAAGUUUAUCGCAAAAAGUGCCGAGAAGGCGGUGACAAAGCCGCCCGAAAAAGUCACAAAACCUGCAGAGAAGGUUGCUGUAAAACCUCCAGAGAAAAUAAGUUCAAAAUCCACUGAGAGAGCGGUAGGCAGGCCGAGUGAAAGGGUUGCGGGAAGACCUGCCGACAAGGGAAACAGCAGGCAGACUGAGCGAUGUGUAGGCAGGCCUCCAGUGAGGGUACCCCAGCGCACAAAUGAAAGAGGAAACGUCAGAAGUUCUGGAACGGUGUCAAGUACUUCAGGAAAUGUAGUCGGCUCUUAUCCAAAGGCUAAUGGUGUCGGUCGGCCACCACUGGGCAUCAACAAGAAAGUUCACAAAGGAAAACGAACAAAAUCUGCCGAACCAAGCCUGGAUUUAACAUCACUCGCACCUCUGGACACAGAACUGGGAUUCAGUGAAAAGCAGCAACUUGCCCACGGGGUCUUACUUCGGUUACUGAGGAUUACCAGCCAGUUACCCAUGAUUGAGUUUACGCAUGCCUUGGAGACUCUUGAAAUGCUGACUGAUGCGUUUAAGCUGGAACAACGUGUUAAUUUGACCAUUAAUCAUGACCAUGAGGAAGAAACUAAUGGUGACUACCUUGAAGAAAUGUACGAGGACAGGGACAUGGAAACCGAGGACUAUAAUCAUCAUUUUUCCGAUAAUGAAAAUGGAGUGAGCUCUACAACAAGCGAGCAUCAGGUAGCCAUCGCGCAGCUGGAUGGACAGGGAGAUGGAGUCGAUGAGACUAGCAUUUCGGAGGAAGUGGAGUCCAGAGAAUCACUGAAGAGAGCGGUUGUUGGUGAUGUAGUGUGUAAGGAAGGAGAUGCUGAAUAUAUUGGUCAGUCUUGCAAAGUACCUAGACUAUCUAUGUGAAUUUAGUCACGUAAGUAGUUCCAGGAGUGACUUUAGAUGAAACUUGAUUUUAGUCUUGAAAUCUGUCUCACAUAAAACUGAAAUGCAUUUUUAUUUCAAGGUAAAAAAAUGCAGAUCUAAUUUAAAAGUUUGGCAAUAAGAACCAUACAAAUGUUGGUGUUACUUUUUAUCAUCAUCAUUAUCAUAUCAUCAAUAUCAUCAUCAUUUGUCAUUUCCAUUGUAACAUCUUCAUAAUUGAUAUGAUCUUUAUUACGGAUAAUAACAUUUUCAUCUUCAUUAUUAUCAUUUCCAUCUUACAGUCAUCAUCAUUGGCAUUAUAGUUAUGAUUGAGGUAAUUAAUAUUAAUUAUAAUAUAAUAAUUGAUGAUAACAUAAGGUAUCAUUGCCAUCAUCAUUAUCAUCAUCAUCAUCAUCAUCAUCAUCAUCAUCAUCAUCAUCAUCAUCAUCAUCAUCAUCAUCAUCAUCAUCAUCAUCAUCAUCAUCAUCAUCAUCAUCACCAUCAUUGAUAUUCACAUAAUAGUAACUAGUACCAUUAUUUUUACAUAUUAAACAGUUUUGAAAAUCUGAACUGUUUUACAAGAAGAUGAUAUAUAAUAUAGAGCUUUUAAUUAAAAUACAAACACCGAUGGUAACCAUAAACUAGCAUAAUCAAUAAGAUUGUGUCUCUUAAAUGAAGUAUUUAAACUAAAACUUUUCAGGAAGGAGAGUACACAGUCAGCAAUAAUUUUUGAUAUAGCUGAAAGUCAUGGCCCAGUGCCAGUCCUCUGUGCUAAAAAUAGGUCAUCAAUGUAACUGAAACAGAGCCUCAGCAGUGGUCAUGAAAGUCUAUGCAGCCUUUUUUCCCCACAUUUGUAAUUGAUAUACACAGUUUUGUUGCUAUAUUUGUUAUGUCAGUUUUUAGGUAAUCAGAAUGUAUAUUCAUUGAUUGAACUAUUUUAGGUGUUUUUUUUACUCCGUGCAGUAUGCAUCUUCGUUUUUGCUGGAGACUGUAUGCAGGUUGAAUUGAGUAUUCUUCUUUUGAACAAAUGAUGUUACGCAAAGUGGCAACUUUCUUAUUUUCUUUUUAGUCAUAUUGACAGCUUGACAGCUUUUAAUUUACACACACACACACACACACACACACACACACACACACACACACACACACACACACACACACACACACACACACACACACACAUACACACA